GAGUGAGGAAGGGGGAAGGGAGAGAGUGGAGGGAGGGGAAGAACUCAGAGACACAGCGUGUCAUCCCCUCAACUCAGACAGAGUCUCCUUCUAUCCAGCACAGCCAUCUUCAGACGCCAACAUAGGAAGGAUCACACAAUGGAAACGGAUAUGUGGUGGGGAACCCUUGGCUCUGUGCGUCCCUUCUCCAACUUCCGUCCAGAGAAAGACAUAGAAGACAUCCAGACUGCCUGCCAGCAGAAAGAUGUGAAGACCCUGGUAAAAAUCAUGACUAACCGAGACAACGCCCAAAGACGGAGCCUGGUCCAAGCUUACCUCUCAGCCACAAGCAAGGAGCUGACAGUGGACCUGAAGAAGGCACUGUCUGGGGACCUGGAGAGGCUGAUGCUAGACCUCCUGCUGACCCCAGAUGAAUUUGAUGCCCAGCGUCUUUACCAGGCCAUGAAAGGACUGGGCACAGAUGAGGAGACCCUACUAGAGGUUUUGUGCACACGAUCUGCCAUUCAGCUGAAAGGCAUCACUUUGGCUUAUAACAACAUGUACAAGAAAGAUCUGGAGAAAGACUUGGAGGGCGAGACCAGUGGAGACUUCACCAAGUUACUGCUCGCCUUACUCAAGAAGGAGACUGUACCAGGAUCAGUUGACCAGGAUGUCGAUCGUCUUUCUGAAGAACUGAAGAAUGAGAAGGCAAAUGCUUCCCCUUGGAUCAAUACCCUAACGACCAGACAUCCAGACCAUCUUAACAAAGUGCUGACCAGACUGGAAGCAGAUAUUGGGCAACCAGUGGAUGAGGCUUUGAAGAAACGUUUUGGAGGGUUUCUGUCUGGAGACCUGCAGUUGGGCUUGACAACACUUGUGCAUUGCAUACAAAACCCAGCUGCUUACCUGGCUAAACGACUGCAAAGCAUGAAGGGAGGCGUGGUCCAGGGUGUGUUGGUGUCACACUGUGAAGAUGAUCUCCUGAUGGUCAGGGUAGCAUACCUCAGAGAGACAGGCACCUCUCUAUAUUCCACUUUACAGAAUCAAUUCAAAGGGGACUUUCAGAAUGCACUGCUGGCUCUGUGCUGUGCAGAAGACUAGCUGCAAAGGGAAAGGACACCAUGAUGACAGCACAUACUGUUUAUCCCUGAUGAAACUCUCACUGAUAUACCAAGAUGAACCAAAUACUUACUAAUAAAGAUUAUUUUCACUUC